CGUAAACAGGAAGAGUCGUUGCAGCGACGCGUCGCUAUGAAAGUGUUGUUCAAAAUGAUCCCGCGCACAAUACAAAGUGUACUCUUUUGUAACGUGUUUUAGAACAGUGGUCAUUUUACGAUUCUCUGAUGGAAAGAUGCAAUGAGGAUGAGAAGCUGAAUGCCCCGUCCGAUUUUGUGGCAUCAAGUGUCUCAAAGGGUAGUCAGAGGACCCUGAUGCCCCCAUCCCAUUUCACCGCAAGCACCCAGUCUGCCUCCAUCAUAGUACCAGGGACUGUUACGGGACGAGGGACAACACCAAUAAAAUGGGUCACCCAUGCCACAACACCCCCAUCGGACUCUGGCCCUGCCAACCCAUGGCUCACCAUGGCUCAGGCCAAAAAGGAAAUUCUAGAACUACACAGAGAAAACCAGAGGAUUCUGAUGUUACAGGGAGACUGCUCCAGAGGAACAGAGUCAACAGAGGAUUCUGCCCACUCCAUAGCAAGGUCUGGAGCGAGAGGUGAGCAGGCCUCCAGGUGGGAGACAGAAUGGAGACUGGACACAGAGCGUUUCAGGGCAGAGUCAGAGAGGCUGAAAGGCCAGGUAGAAGCACUGAAGGAAGUUGGAGGGAGACAGAGAGAGGAGAUGAGGGACAAAGAAACUUAUCUGAACAGGCAGAGUCAUGAAAUGGAGGCGAUGCGGGAGGAGUUAUAUAAGACUAAGACUGAGCUCAGCCAAGUCAGUGUGGAGCUGGUCCAAAAGAGAGAGGACAAAGAGAGACUCGGCACCCAGGCUUCCACUCAAACCUCGUCUUUAUUUACUACAUUGACCUUGUAUUGGACAAUGCCUGCUCUCUGUGGUGUGCAGCUGGAGAUGCUGGAGAGGAAGUCUGGGGAGGAGGCUGAGAGGCUGAGGAGGGAGGUGGAGAGGAGCCGACAGGAAACCCACAGGCUGACCAGGGAGGCUGAUACAGCCAGGCUGCAGGCUGGGGAAGAGGCCAAGCAGGAGUUGCAGAAACUAAAUAAGCAACUGGAGGAAUCCCACUGGAGACAUGAAACACAGUUGCAGCAGUUGACUGCCACCCAUGACACUGAGUUGUCCACAGUCAGACAGACGAGCUCUGAGGUGCAGGAGAGGUUAUGUCAUCUGUCAAAGGAGGUGACUCAUCUGAAGUGCUGUCUACUGGAAGUGUCUGCAGAGAGAGAUGGACUGAAAGAACAACUAAGCCAAAUGGGCAAUGCUUUUGAGACCCAGUCAGCAACGUUGCAGAGUCUUAGAAACUACAUUGGACAACUUACCCCUGAGAGAGGGUUGGAAGAGAAACUAACUGAAACCAUUCAGACACUGAAUAGGGAGAAGGAGGCUCUGCAGGUGACAACAGAGCUUCUGACGGUCAGACUCAACUCUGUGAACGACAUACUGGCCCUACAAGAGGAGGAGAUGGUAGAGAAGACUCUGUCAGACCCUCUCCUGAAAGCUGGGCCCAAAGGCACUCGGGUUCUGCGUUGCUGGAGAGAGAAGGUCUUCAUGUUGUUGGUCCAGCUUCGCUCAAAGGAUAUGGAACUGAGGGGAGAAAGGGAUAAACUUCACUCAACCAUCUCGUCUCUGGAGCAGGAGGUGAAGAAGGAGAAGUACCAGUCCAAUGUGUUCCAGCACAGCCUGCAGGACAGAACAGCUGAGCUGGAGCUGGAGAGGGUGGCUAGGGAGGCCGUGGAGCAGGACAUGACUACGACUAAGAGGGAGAACACAGAGCUGAAGAGCUGGAGUCAGGAGGCAGAGGCUGGACUGAGGACAAUGACAGAGGAUACCCAGCGAUUCAGUCAGGCAUUUGAGGCUAAGAUGUCAGAGGUGGAGACUGUCCAAACACGUCUGAACAGCUUUGGCCAGAGGCUGACCUUUGCCAAAAGAAGAGUGGACACAAUUCAAGGUCUAAUGAUGAGGAAGGAGGCCCUACGGAGAGUGCAGCAGGCCACUAAAGCAGCCAACUCUGAGCUUGCCGCUGUCACAGAGCUCCAGGCAGAGCUGUCCUCGGCGUGUGAGGAGAGAGACAAGCUCGGGCAGGAGCUCAAGAGAACCCCCGAGCUCAUUGAGAGUGCUCUGGCCGAUGUCCGUGAACAGUUUGACAGUGAGGUGAGGCAGCUGAGGCAGGCUGCAGAGCGAAGCAGGGGGGAAGCCCAGGAGGCCCAGGCAGCCAGAGAGGAGGCCCAGCAGAGGCUGCAGGAGGCCCACACACAGCUAGAGGAGAGCAACCUCAACCUAGAGAAGCUCCAUGCACAGCUGAUCAGCCAACAGGAGGACAGUGACAGAGCUCUGCAGGAGAGAGUGUCUGAGACAGAGGAUCACUGUGCUCAGCAGCUUAGAGUGAUGGAAUCUCAACUCAACACGGCCAGAAGAGAACACACCAAAGCAGUGGUAGCCCUGCGUCAGUUUGAGAGACAGGCUAAGAGAGAGAGGGAGCAGGAGAGAGAAGCACAAUGCCUUCAGAGUGAACACACCAAGAGAGAAAUCCAGGAUCUACAGAAAAUACUGCAAGAAAAGGACAAGGACAGAAAUCUACUUUUGGCGACUGUACGUGAGAGGGGUCUGAUGAGUGAGUAUAAGGCAGCCCGGAACACAGCCCUGCAGACUUCUGUGGCCUUGGAGCAGCAGCAGAGACCCUCAAGGAAGAGCAACACUCUGAGAGCCAAAGACCAGCCACAGACCAGAGACUCGCUACUGUCAGUGCUUGGGGACCUUCGGACUCUGAGUGCUGCAGUGGUCCACAGCUCAGAAGACGAUGCAGAGGAGGGAUAUGGGGACAGGGUACGGCAUUCCAGAACCAGAGGGGACGACUCACUAAAGUGACGGUCCGCAAUAAGUACUAGGAACUUUUUUUCUGCAUUUUUAUUUUUUUUUUUUUAAUUGCGACCCAUUUCUGUUUUAUACACUCUUCAUGACUAAUUGACAUUUCAUUACAUAUGUAACUCAGACUCCAUGUUGGUGGUAAUUAUGUUGGUGGAUGAUUUAGUGCUUUCUUAAUGUCUAUAAAAUGGCACUGUCGACACAACAGCAAUGUUCCCAGUUUAAAAAUGCGUUGGAUGUUUUAAGAUUUCAUGGAUCUACUUAAUGUUACUUAACCUUUGGCUGACAGGCUCCGGCCAGAGGAGAAGCUCACUGACUGUGAUGAGUUCAUAUAAGGUAGGUGGACGUGUGGCCUGUGCGCCCAGUCUAAUCAAUAAGUCAAUGUGCUUUCUCCCAGGGCCUCACAGCGUGACAGGAACAUCAAAUGAAUGGAUAGCUUCGUUCAAAACAGGAUGCUGCCUUCCGCUGGAGAAAACUAAAAAAAACAGGCUUGUUGUGACCCUGAGUGCUCUGAACUGUAGCACGGGAGACACGAGAUUAACCUCUGUUGAUGUUUCUAUAGUCUUGCUAAUGGUCGUGUUUAUGAAGACAUGGAUCACCAUCUUUGACAAAGUUGUGUAUUUGUUUGUGAUGUAAUAAAUUAUGUUGAUAUUUAAAACUUU